CAAAUAAUUAAACAAUUAAUUAAACAAUUAAAGUUUCAUAGUAGAGGUUGGUAGAGGAAUGACGGAAUGACAGUUUGUUUCAUUUGGUACAGUGAAAUUGAACUGGGUGUUCACUGCACAAAUGAACCAAUGGAGAAACCGCCCUUGUAAAAACCAAUAAUUAAUUUUUUUGCGAAAAUAUGUGUUGUUUUUUUAAAUACUAACUCUAACUAGGGGGCGCCAAAAUAGGGAAUGGCACGCGGCGGCUUAAGUCCUCGUGAGGGCCCUGCACAUUACCUACUUGGUCGAUGGCUAAUCCCGACCCAAAUUUGUUCCAGAAAACACGUACGCCGAAGCUACAAAAACCUACAUGUCUAAAGUACCUAAAGACCCACACAUACUUAAUUUAAGAAAACUCACAGUUUUGGGGGGCGUUUAUCACGUAAACUAUCUUCACCAGCCGCCGCAACCUCAAGAAUUCGCUUCGGUACCAAAUUUAAGCAUUACAAGGCUAUAUCUUCCUAAGGAACUUCAACACGUCGACUUCUUCGCAGAAUAUGAACCACCUGCAGCGACGGAUCCGAAUGUGCGCAAACAACCUGAACAAAUCGAAGAAGAAAUGAGGAAGCAGGAAGAAGCACUUGACGGAUUGAUAUUUAUAGAUUUGACAUGGCCUCAACAUGUAAUAUUCUUAGAACUACCAAUAGUAUGUAUAUGGAUAGAAGAAGAUAAAUGUUGGACGAAGAAAUACGUUCACGAUUUAAAGCAUAACGAAGAAAAGGGUACCCUGUCGUUUAUGACGCAGUGUUUUGGUAUUUUCGGUUUGGCCACUUUACGUUAUGCAAAUUUACCUUUUCAAGCUUGGGAUAUCAAACCUGAAUCAGACGGAUCGAUUACAUUUAAUAUCACCACAGCUAUAAUAAUCCUAGAAUUCAAUAUUAAAAAUGGAUUAAUGUGUAUUUCUCAACUACAAAAUAGUCCCAAUAAGGCGCUUUUGGACCAAAUUGGGAAAUAUGUGAAGUUACAUGUAAUUAAAAAGAUGUUAAAAAAAACUGGUAUAGACAUAUUUCCUGAACACGAUGCCUACUGUUACGUAGACGGUAGUUGCGAAAAGUAUUGGCCGAUGGAAAAGCAUUUGUAUUCCAACAUGUCUCUUAUUUGCGGCGUUUUUAAUUUCGCUUGGUCCAGAUGGAACGCGUCGCAAGGAAAGAAAACUAUCGUUAUACAAAUAAGGGAAUAUGCACCAGAGAAAACCAAACAGAGACCUCAUUCAAUUCUUCUAGUAAGCCCGGUUAAAACUUGUUACAUAAAUUGUACUGAAGUUAGUCAAGUUUUUUGUAAUGAACCUGUAGAGGGUUUGAAGUUCAGUGCGGACCUGUACACUUUAAUGAAAAGUACGACUGGGAUUUUUGUAAGGAAGAAAAUAGAAUCUUAUUCGAAACAAAACAUUUGUGCCGUGUAUGAAUUUUUGAUCGCCACAAGAAUAAUUAGUUUUUCGUAAGAAUGAAAGCUAGCUGCUUAUAAAACCAAUAAUAUUUUUUCUACGACUCCUUACGAAAAUACAUCCAUCGAAUUAUACAAAUAAUAAAUAAGGGCAACUCUGAAUUAAAUCCAAACUGUUAUGUAAAAAAAAGAAGAGGAAUUGUACGCUCCUGUACGAUCCGACUUGAGUGGUUUUUCCAAGGUCUACUUUAGAAACAUGUUUUGUGGAUCACUUCAUAUUUUGACAGUUCAUAAUUAUUAUUAUUAUUAUUAAUAAAAUAAAAGAAUGUGGAAUAAAAUCUAAAC